GCAUUCAGCGCUUUCAUAUAUAGCGAAAAAGUUCAGAUUCAGACAGACAGCCAAACGGCGCAAGCAGUUUUCUAUAAAGGGAGCACAAAAAGAGAUCUCCAAGAAAUUGCAACCCAGAUUUGGGAAACCACAGAGCGGCUCAGUAUACACUUAGAAGUGUUUUGGAUACCCAGAGAGCUCAACCAGGAGGCAGACAAAGCGUCCAGGGUCGUAGAUGAGCUGGUCCGUUUUAGACUCCAUAUACGGAAAAACUUUACGAGAUCUGGGGCCCGUUUGAGGCUGACUUGUUUGCUAGUGCGGAGAACAAGAAAUGUGAAACGUUUGUUUCCAGAUGGUUCAGCGAAGGUUGCGCAGCCGUCGACGCGUUUAGCGAUUCCGCAGAGAAAUUCUGGUCCCGGUGUCCAAAAUGGAAAGCCUGGUCGGAGACGAUUCAAUCUGCCAGAAACGCAGGGGGAGGAGUUGGCCCAAAUAAUAGGCACUUCGGCAAACAAAUCUCUAGCGCCAGGAACAAUUGCAGCCUACUCCUCUAUGAGGAGACGUUUCGACGAGUUCACUACCACACUCGCCAUUGAAAAGACGCACUUAGGAAAACUUCGGAACCUUUUCUUGGCCCAUCUUAUCAACCAGAACCAGCUCAAAAUUCUCUCCACAGCGGUCGCCUCUCUGAAUUUCUUCUAUGGCCACUUGGAAGACGGAGAAGCGGAAUUGCAGAAGCUUCUGAUGGAUUCGGCUAAGAAGGAGGCCCCCGCUGUGAUGCACAAGGAGAAGGCCUCCGAAGAGGACGUCGAUAAGAUGGUCGAGUGGGCCCUGAACAUGAAUACAGCCAAAGCAACAGAAGACUGUUGCAUUAUUUUGCUUUCGUACUUAGCCUUCCUGCGGAUAAGCGAAACGGCGGCGGUUCGUAAGGAGCACCUGCAGGCAAAAGGCGGCGAUAUUUGGUGGCUGCUCAUUCCAAAAUCCAAAACAGACCAGAGCAAAAGAGGUACGGAAGUGGCUUUCAAAGUGCAAGGAAGACGCGCAGUUCUUUGGAACAAGUUCGUCGCGCUGAUAGCCGACAAAUCCCCCCACCAAUUCAUUUUUUCACCAAAGUUUGCACAUCAACCGUCCACCGAUUCUCUCCGAAAACGUAUAGACAAUGUCCUCCAAGGAGCGGGGUUGCUUCAUAAGGGCUUUACAUCGCAUUCCUUCCGAGGAGGUGCAGCAACAGCCGCUCUGAGAAGAGGAGUUAGCUGUGAGGACAUAAGAAGAGUGGGACGUUGGAAGGCUUCGACCUCUAUGCUGCACUACCUAGACCCAACACCCAUAUGA